UACAUUCGUUUUCGUUGCUGUUGCUCACUCGCUACUCGUCAUCAUACUCGUCAUUCUCCGUUUGUAGUCCGUCCGUUCUCUGUUCGUCUACAUCGGUCAACUACACACCGGCGCCGGUCGUGAUCGUCGUACUUUAUCGCAAUAAACUUGAGAAUCUGAGCGGAUUCAUCGGAAUUUCUUAGUAUUUUAUGGUACUCUUUGCUUACCAGCUCGAGUGUUGAUUAAAUGACAAUAAUAUUCUUUAAUCAAUUUUUUAAGUUUCCAUUGAGGAUAGUGGUCAUCCGGAAUAUUAUCACUGUGCUUUUAGUUUUUUUAUUUAUUAAUAUAGUUAUCGUUUAAACUUAAAAAGUUAUGCGACCUAAUCGGCGGAUGGGUCACUACUUGACUCCGAUCCGGGAAAUAGAAGAGGUGGAGACAUCACCGCCUAAUCCAAUGGCAGCCAGCACAUCGAGCGACGAAUUUAGUUAUAUCAGUAACGAGGAAAAUGAGGAGGGUCACGGAGCUUUGGGUCGACAUGUUGUUGGCGUCAACAUGUUGUUGUCUUCGCUCGAGGACAUUGCAGCAGUGCAGAGAACAACGACGAUGCGUCCAAUGCCUUGCGAUUGUACAGAGGCUUAUUUAGAGAGGGAAUCAAAUAUGGCAACUACUAAUAUCGUAAGACCAGAAAGUCACUACACUCAUCUAAGGUACAGUCCAACUACGCCAGAAACAAAUAUUGCGGAAGAUCCACCUAACCGGCAGAAUAACGGAAGCGAGGAUUCGAUAUCCAUAGACGAGACCUUAAACACAAUUUCAGUGAGAGCUGUAUCUGCUAUGUCUAAUGUGCCAUUGCCGGUCCUUAACAACGAGGCUUUCUCUAUGAACAAGUUCAGAAACCUUAACUUAAGAAGAGAUACGAUGGCGCACAGUCACACACAGCCAGCAUUGGACAGAAGACGUCUUCGUGAACUGAAUAAAAUAUUGUCAAGAUGUCCUCGAGCUAUGGAUGCGGCUAACAGAGUAAUCAGAUAUGCUCGAGCUCUCUGUUUGAGAAAUAAGUAUCAAACACAAAUGUCUUGUCUGAACUGCGGUCUACUUCCCCUGCAUCCAAUCACUGGACAAUGCGGACAUACACGAUGCUCCAAAUGCGCGUUAGAAAACACUACGUGUCCGUGCGGGAGCGUGUUUUCAGAACCGUUCCACGUCAACAUUAUGAUACGGGAUCUGAUUGCAAAAUCUAAAUUCAAUGUAAAUACAAGCCGUGUGUCGAUCAAAACCAAAGAAAAUGAUGCCGCCGCCGCCGCCGCCGCCGCCGCCGAUGAUUCGCCUGGACUGCGAAACACAUUGAGGGGUACAAAACGACGCCGGUGCGAGACAAAAGUUGCUUACCCUAGCGGGGAUAAUCAGCGAGUUCCCAUGUCACCUCGGGCGCGGUACAACCAUGGCCUGGAGCUGCUGCAGCAGGGAAGGCGGCUCGAGGCUGUGCCGUAUCUCGCUCUCGCAGCAGGUGCUGGUCAUCCAAGCAUGCGGUUGGCACGACCACUACUGGCUCAGGCAAUAUCUACAUUUAACAAAGACCCGUGGGCACUGAUACCGUUCCUGAACCGUUCCGUGCGCAGGCUGUGCUCGAUGUCGUGGAUCAAGCCGACUGACAUGGAGUGCAUAUUGUGUUGUUCUACUUUUACCGACCCCGUCACAACCCCUUGCGGACACACGUUCUGCCGCAUAUGUCUAGAACGCACAAUGGACUACCGGAAGCGCUGUCCCUUAUGUCUGCGCACUUUAAAUGAAUUUAUGCUAUCACUUACUAUGAACACGGUAUUCGUGGAGGCAGCGCUGAGAAGUAUUAAUGCCAUUAGUAUCCCUGAACCUCCGGAGCCUGACCUUAUACCUAUCUUCACAUGUACGGUCGCCUACCCAACUGUGCCAUGCCCGCUGUACAUCUUUGAUCCUCGUUACUGGCUAAUGAUCCGACGCGUGCUCGAGUCCGGUUCCAGAAAGUUCGGUAUGGUGACUUGCGAUAGGGGACAGGACUAUACUGACUAUGGCACGAUAUUGGAAGUGCGUGACUGCGUGCAUUUUGAGGAUGGCAGGUCCAUUCUGUCUACUAUAGGCUUGACACGUUUUAAAGUGAUUGAAAGAGGAGUUAGAGACGGAUUGGAAGUGGCGCGCAUUUUACCCAUUCAAGAUGUUUGUCCGACCAAUGAGAUGGAGGUGUUAGCAUAUAGACUGUUAGGGAACAGGAUAAUAUUGCGGGCUCUACUCUGGUUGAGCAGCUUGGAUAGUGAUGUACUGCAGGACAUUGAGACUACGUUUGGCACUCUGCCAGAGAGUAAUGGCAAUGACGAAUGGUGGUCCACUACUGACGGCCCAGCGUGGCUCUGGUGGUUAGUAGCGGUACUGCCGCUAAGACCUGAAAUUAAGGUACUAAUUCUGUCCACAAACUACCUCGUGAAGCGUAUGAUGGCGGUGGCGCGAACGCUAGAAGCUGUCGAGCAAGUCUCACUUACUUCGUCCAGACGGUGCCGCCUCCCGACUACCAACGCUUCAGGUGCCAACCAUGCAAGAAGUGGUGAAAGCGCCUCAUAAGUUCAAUCCAAUUAUUAUUACAAUAAUUCAAAUAGAGCUGAAAACAUCCCAUAUUAAAUUUACAAAACUAUUUAAAAUAACGGCUAACUCUCGUGACCUAUUUUACUAUACAUAUAAAUACUAAAUAGCAACGGGACUCUCACCAUUUAGCAAGUCUCGAGUUCAAUCGGUAUCUUGGUUUAAGUUAUUAUUAGUAUUAAGAUUAAAAUUAUUAUUUCGCGUAUUUAUACUCCUGGAGGACCGACAACGAAGGUUUAAAAUAUUAAAAAACCAGGUAAUUCCUGUCAUAACAUUCCCUCAGUUGAGUAUUCAUAUUUGUGCGUAGCAGGGCUACAGCAAAGUUAAUGUAGUUGUAAAACCUCGUUGAUCAAUUGCAGUCUCGAAAUCUAUUCACGGUUUGGCUGUCGUGAACUUUUAGUAGUAAGUGUAAAAGAUUAAAGAAAAAGAUCUUAUUAUAAUGUAUUUUUCAAAGGAUACUGGACAAAUAUGACCCAAGUUUCGCCGAAAACGAUGAAUGUACCAAAAGUGUGGAGCCAUACUUCGGCACGAAUGGGUCGGCUCGACUGGAGUUACCACUCCGGCCUCUCAGGAAACCGACGUGAAACAA